UUGAUAGGUUGGGUGAGAGAGUGACAUUUGGUGGACCUCCCCUCACAUUGAUUGGCAAAGGAGACAAAGGAAGUCUCCUCACCCCUCUCUACCCCAUUAUUUCGACCACCACAUUCAAGGAAGAGAGGAAAACCUCUGCAAAAUCAUCAUCCUCCAUUGUUGAAGCAAGCAAACCAAGGAAGCUCCAAGGAAGAAGAAAAGCUUGGAAAAGAAGAGAAAAACUUAGUAAAAUCAAGGAAUUUUACCAAGGUAUUCUAGACUUCUCAAGGAAUCUAGGAGUGGCCGCAAAAGUCGCCGGAGCCGCCGGAGUUUUCGCCGGAAAAUCCAAAAGUCGCCGGAGUUCGAACAAAGAAGAUAAAAGCUUGCUAGCGUCAUUUCAAGGACCAGGAGGAGUCCUCUACACUCAAACGUUAACAAGGGCCCGUGUAGUCCUUGAGGUGUGUUAACCUCCAACAAAUUACACAUAGGAUGAGGGUGUAUGCGUACUCCUCAAGGCAGGGUUAGCCCCAGGAAUGUAAACUAUGAUCGUAAGGACGGAUAGUCCUCGAGGUAGGUGAACCUCAAGGUAAUGAUUUUAAAUGAUUAAACGUGCUUGAUCGGGAACGAGUUUCCGAUAGGAUAUUUCCUUGGUCUAGGAAUUGAUUUAAACCAUGUCUGUGAUAUGGGAGUCCGAAGGGCCCCCACAGCAAUUAUAUUUUGAUAUCGGGUGAGUCAGCCUGCGGGUGACUCCACUCGAGGGUAAGACAUGGGAAAGGUGAAUUUAAUGAGGCUGUUACGCCUAAAUGAUUUGAAAGACAAAUGGGCCCACGGGCCAGAUAUUUUACUCAUAUGUAUAUAUGUAUACAUUUUGUUUUGAAAAGGGUAGCUAAGAGUUAUGCCCAUAAUUAUACUAUCACUCUAUUUUGAGGGUCUCACGUGAGAAACGUUAGUUACAUUACAUACAGUUUGCCCUCACCAGUACUUUUCUGUAGUACUGAUCCCUCGGGGGAACCACCCUUUCAGGUUGAAGCUAGAGCUUACUUCCUGCACCCGUUGCUCGGGAGAUCGAUGGAGAGAAGACGUGGUUCGUGCUUCCUCUCGUUCUAUUUUUAAAUAGUUAAAAAAUGCUCAUGGAACUAUUUUGACUUAUAAAUUAAUGGAGCCUGCGAGCUCUUGUUUUAUCCUUGUGUGGGUUCUUAUUAAACACUUAUAUUCCGCUAUGUGUUUGAUUGUAUGUUGAUGUUGUUAUGUAUGUUUACUAAUCGGUUUUGGCAUAUGUAUCUAUCGGACGUCUUGUGCAAUUCGGUAAGGAUGAACUGCGGUUAUUCUUAUUGGGUUGUACGACGGUUGUCCACGUGGAACAGACGCGGUCUGGGGCGUGACAGAUGUGGUGGCUAUGAGGAUGGACGAGAGAUGGAUGGUUGAGAACGCCCUAUGUUUUGAUGGUUUUCGAAUAGGAAUGAACGACGUUUGAGGAGGCUCAAUCGAGGUGUUGUGGGUGCUCUGUUUUGCAUUUUAGGAAUAAAACUUUAGAGUGCAAAUGUUUGUGUUGUUGGAGUAUGUUAGUAGCUCCAUUGGUGUAGUAUUUGCAGGGUGGAUAAAAGAUCUAAUGGCAAUUGUGGUAGUGACUCGGCAGAAGAGAAUUCAAGGGGCAAUGUUGAAGAUGAAGGAAAAAGAUGAAGUGCUAACGGUCCGUCCCCCUCCGGAACCACCGUCAAGAAGAGGGUUCCUACUGAAGAAGACAAUCUUUGCGUUAUAUUUUAUUGCUGUUUUGCAUUUUAAUUUCCACGUGGUGGUGAUUGUUGUUUUUUUAUUUUAUUUUAUUUACUGCUGUAAGACUUAUGCACUUGGAUUGGGGGAUGAGAGGUCUGUGGUAACCGUCGCUGGUUUGAUUAUGCCCAAGUUAGGAUCAACGAGUUAUAUUGCUUUGUCAAAGGUGAUUAGAUUUGAGUCUGGUCCAAUGACGGAUGGUUACAUGUUAUUCUUUUGUUAUUUCAAAAUUCAAACCCUAUCUGAUUGCUAUUUUAUAAAAAAAGGUAUAUGAAAAUUUUGCGC